CACUCUCUCUCUCUCUCUCUCUCUCUCUCUCAGAGACCUUACAUACAUUGGAGCUUUUACUUUCAUGUUCUAAAAAGUUAUUUUCUUGGACUCAUUUGCUCAAAGAAAUACAGAGAAUGGGGGUUGGAGGAACUUUGGAGUUCAUCUCUGACUUGAUGAGCAGUGGACAUAAACAAAAGAAGAAGAAGCAGUUGCAGACUGUGGACCUCAAAAUCAGGAUGGACUGUGAUGGGUGUGAGCUUAAAGUCAAGAAAGCUUUGUCCUCAUUAAGUGGGGUUAAAAAUGUGGACAUAAACAGGAAACAGCAGAAGGCGAGUGUGACAGGGUAUGUGGAGGCAAACAAGGUGUUGAAGAAGGCAAAGUCAACAGGGAAAAAGGCUGAGAUUUGGCCCUAUGUCCCCUACAACCUUGUGGCUCAGCCUUAUGUUGCUCAAGCUUAUGACAAGAAGGCACCUCCUGGCUAUGUCAGAAAAGUAGAGAACCCAGCAAGUGGGACUGUCACCAGAUAUGAGGACCCCUACACUUCCAUGUUCAGUGAUGACAACCCCAAUGCCUGCUCUGUCAUGUAGCUUGAGGAAACAGUACUCUUCUGUUCAAAUCUAGUCUCUCUCUCCUCUUUUUUUUCUUCUCUCCCUUGAAAUGGGGUUUGAUCAGAGUACUAUGAAAAUCUUUGUAGGUUUGUGGGACUGGUUUUGGUGGAGUGGAGCUGUAGAGUAGUUUUGGGUAAUCAUGAAAAGAGAAUGGUUGGCUACUAUAACCAUUAGCUUAGUAUAUCUCAGUUUGUUGUACCAUGUAAUAUUUGGGUCCAAUUAUUAUGCUAAAAAGUAAAUUUUUAGUACCAUACGUCUUCUCUUUCAUCCAAUAAAAACGUAACAUGUGUAAACUAUGUUUAUUUUAUUAUUUCACUUUACUUAAUUAUUUUUACAAUCCGAAAAGAAUAAUUUUUACGAUCAAU